AUGGUCAUUCACGCGCCGGCUCGAAAAACGUGCCAUCGUCACCUAGCCCAAGUCUAUAUGCAAAUGAGGAUGCCGUCUAGCGGCCUCUACCUAUUCGCGGUGUCGUUUUUGCCAGCCCUAGCCGUCCCCCAAGUAAAGCUACAAGCCCUGAAGGCCACGAAAACUCCGUGCUGCGUGGAUACGCUACUCCCAGGAGUAUGCAAGUCAAUGUACAACCGGGAUCAUGAGAAAUUCUCCGUGCUCUGCCGCACCAACCCCGACUUCAGCUUCAUCCAGUGCUGCCAGUCGUGCCACUUCAACACCGACAUGUUCACGGCGUUGACCUAUCCAGUCCCGGCUGAUCUGUACAUGUACGACGUCGCCAACAUGCUGGAGGCACCGAAUCCGACAUGUGCCGACCGACAAUCCGAGAGUUGGUGUGAGAACUUCCUCGCCCGUCGUGGCAGCUGGUUGCAGAACAAGGCCACCUGCGAGACGUCCGGCCUUGCCUUCCGCGUCUGCCGCAAGACAUGCGGAUUCUGCACGGCGUGGGUCCCCGGAGACGCUCACAAAGGCCAAGCCGGGGUGUUUAGGACUCGGCCGACAAGCGUCUACUACAACUCGACCGUCGCGAGAAGCCCCAAACUGUGCGCUAAGCUUGCC